CACCCGCAACUUUCCGGUAAACUAUCCAGUUUGUAAAGCUUCAUACUUGCGAAAAGGGAUAUGUAUAUUUUAUAACCGCUUUGGUUUGAUUUAGUAUUCGAACAGAAAUAUUGAAGCUUUGGAACACUUUUCCCGCGCUUUGCCAGCUUAAACGUAAAGUGCUAACAUAUCCUUUUUUAUCAUCUUUCCGUUAGCUUAACCAGUAAAACAGCAUUCAUAUAACGUUACUGAGGAACAAAAUAUUCCUGUUUCCUUCCAUAAGAACCGCAAUGUCUGCACCUAAAUUCACCUUGUUGUGUAAUUCGCAUAACUGCCGGGCAAAGUUGAGUGGGUUUGCGUGGGUCACGGCCUGCUCUCACGCCUUCUGUGAUCAACACGGUUCAGAGGAGUUCAGCCGCACACCUGCCAUCUGCCCCGCGUGCUCCUCCAUGCUCUCGGGCAAACUGGACGUGCUUAGAACCGAGCUGGCACCCUCAGAGCAAUACAAGGCUAUGGUUUUGGUCGGAUUACGGCCUGAAACUGUUUUGGAAAUCAGUCAUAAAGCGCUAGACUUCUGGACCUACCAGGUAAACCAGGAGCGGUUGCUGAUGGAGUACAGUUUGUCCAGGGCUGGGGGACAAGUGCUUCAGAUGGAGAAGUUUAUGAUCCAGCAGAACCAGAGCAAAGAGCUCGAGUUAAAUGCAUUAAGAGGGGAGAUCGCAUCCUUGAAAAAGGUGUUGGAAGAAUAUAAGCGGAAGUACAGUGAGGUUUUGGAGCGACUGAAUGAACAAAAUAGGCAAUAUCAGAAGCUGCAGGGACUUCUCGACUCAGUACGGAUGCAUACGCUGGGAACGAGGGAGAAAGAUCCCAUUUCCCACUCUUUUACUACAGGUUUGGUCAAACCACGCUCUCCUCAUAGCAGUCCUUCAUUCCUGGGAUCAGAAGGGGACAGGUUCUUCUCACUGGGGCCAGAAAACACUAAAACUUUCUUCCAGUUCAGCACACCCACCCGAGACAGAACCCAGACUUUUAUCAAGAAAAACUAAGUAUGAUUUAAGUUUCACUAGGAUGCUUUUUUGUUUAAUUCUUUGUUUUUCUUUUUUCAAUUGCUUUAUUUACUGAUAAAGCUGUUACACGGUUUAAAGAAGGUGUUAUACAGUAAAUACUCCC